AUGGAUACACACACCGACCUUCCUUUUAGUGGCACAGACGACAAGUUGGGGAUAACGGUUCUGGUGGAACCAGAAACCCCAUCACCCAUCUCCCUCUCUUCUAGUGAACAUGCCCUCCACUCUAGUGAUACUACCCUCCAUUCUAGUGACUCCACUCUCUGGGAUAUCCACUUAGUACAGCACGCAAAAGUCGCCUCCCAACCUGCUAACUAUAGCGCUCGCCAGUGGGGCAUUGCUACCAAAGUCCUGAUCUCUAUAGUUGCAAUUGCCUCGUUCUUUGAGAUCACCCUGGCAAAUUCGAUCUACAUUGCUGGCAUUCCAGGCAUUAGAGCAGAGUUCCAGAUUGGAUCUACCUUGGCUAUAUCCCCUGUUACCCUGUAUGCUAUGGGAUUUACCAUUGGUCCUCUUCUCUCCUCGGCGUUGUCAGAGGAGUUUGGGAGACAGUGGGCUAUUAAAUGCUCUCUGCUUCUUUACCUCGUCUUCACUAUCGUCUGUACCACGGCGUCAAACUUUCGAACUCUGGCCGUUGCCGGUGCCAUUUCGGGAAUUUUUGGCUCUCCGUUGGUGACCAUAUUCGUGGGAGUCUUGAAUGAUUUCUGGAAAAUGCCUGAGGACCGUAUCGCUGCACCAACAGUUGGGCGUAUCAUCGGACAGUCCGUUGUGGACGCUGGCGGAUGGCGGUGGACCUUUCGGCUGAUAGCCGUACUGGCCAGUGUCUGCUUUCUCGCAGCCCUUCCCAUCGCAGAGACCUACGAGCCAGAGGUGCGGAGGAAGGCGAUCGGUUCCCCUCGCCAUGACUGGCGCAAGGUCGUAGGUCCCGCCCUCCUACGCCCACUCCAUAUGCUCUGGGUGGAGCCUAUCAUAUUCCCCACUACCUCUAUUACUGUUGCGGGCCAGCUCGUGCUUUUCGUUUUCUACGCAGCGUUCCCGAUCAUGUUGAACGAGGUCUAUGGAUUCUCCCCAUACCAGACGGGGCUGGCCUUCUUAGCCCAACUGGCAGCAGGCUUUGUAGCCUUCCCGGUGAUGGGAUUUGUUGAAAAAAAAAGACAAGGCAGACAAGGCUCCGUGGAAAAAGACCCGGAAUACAUUCUUGUCGGCGGCAAGUUAGCGGGUACCGCCGAUGUGGAGUUCUCUCUUAACGUAAGCAUUGGAUACUGCUUUGCCAUUCCCUUCCCAAAUUCGGAAAUCUCGCGUUAUCAAAUGAAACUUGCUCAUAGUCUCGCGUGGCUGCCACGUCACAAUGUUCAUUGGACCUGGGUGAUUCUAGCGUCUGCAGUUUUCGGAUUUGGUUUUGCCUUACCACAGUUGGUUUAUGCACGCUACAAAAACGAAGUGCAUGGUGCCGAGCUCGGUGCUUCUGUCCUCGCAGUAGACGUGUCUAUGCUAUAUGGGGUGUCCUGUGUUUUCCCCCUAUUCACCAUCCAGUUUAUGGAGCGUGUAGGGUUUCACUGGAUGAUAUCUCUGUUAGCGGGUCUACAUCUGGCUCUAUCGAGUAUUCCAUGGGCCUUACAAAAGCACGGUGCAGCCGUACGCGCAAGGAGCCACUAUCUGAACUGCCACUCUCGCCCGUACGAACAUGCAGUGAAGGGCAUUCAGACAGCCUAA